ACGGCGGAUGCUGUUCAUCGUCUCCGACAAAUACAAUCACAAGAUGGUAAAUUGAUUAAAAUCUCAGUCGUUGCAAAAGGGUGUGCAGGUGGUGCGUAUCGUCUCGACUACCUGACGCCACCUGCUGGGAAAUUCGAUGAAGUGGUUGAACAGGAUGGUGUCACGGUCGUGGUGGAUUCACGAAGUUUGAUGAAGGUGAUUGGGAGUGUCAUGGAUUUCCAGGAAGAUGUUCUCGCAAGUCGUUUUGUGUUUGAGAAUCCCAAUGUCGUGUCGACGUGUGGGUGUGAAGAGUCUUUUGCAACG